AUGACUAAGAAGAGAAGCUGGAAGAACAACGAAACUGUGAUACUGACCGAAGAAUGCAGUGCUAUCAUUCAGCACAAAUUACCCCAGAAAUUGAAGGAUCUAGGGAGUUUUCAGAUCCCCUGUGUCAUAGGUGAGAUCACGGUAGAGAAAGCUCUUUGUGACCUAGGAGCCAGCAUCAAUUUGAUGUCAGUAGUUAUGAUGAGGAAGAUGAAUAUCGAAGAGGCUAAACCAACAAAGAUGGCCCUACAAUUGGCAGACCGAUCAUUCAAGUUCCCUCACGGCAUAGUAGAGGAUUUGUUGGUAAAGGUGGGAGAGUUCAUAUUCCCAGCAGAUUUUGUGGUCCUGGAUAUGCAAGAGGAACCCAAGGCUUCCAUUAUCCUGGGGAGGUCCUUCUUGGCCACUGCAGGAGCUGUCAUUGACGUCCAAUAA